AUGACAAAAGCUAUACCAAGAAUUGGUUCACAUAGGAAUGGGCGUAUUGGUUCACGUAAGAAUGGGCGUAGAAUACCAAAAGGCGUUAUUCAUGUUCAAGCGAGUUUCAACAAUACCAUUAUAACUGUUACAGAUGUACGAGGUCGGGUAGUUUCUUGGGCCUCUGCUGGUACUUCUGGAUUCAAAGGCACAAGAAGAGGAACACCUUAUGCUGCUCAAGCCGCAGCGGUAAAUGCUAUUCAUACAGCGGUUGAUCAGGGUAUGCAACGAGCAGAAGUUAUGAUAAAGGGUCCUGGUCUCGGAAGAGAUGCAGCAUUACGAGCCAUUCGUAGAAGUGGUAUAUUAUUAAGUUUCGUACGUGAUAUAACACCUAUGCCACAUAAUGGAUGUCGACCUCCUAAAAAAAGACGUGUGUAG